AUGCAAAUAUUUAUAAUUUUUCGAAGAUACAUUAUUAUUAUUAAUAUAUUAAUUCAUAAUAUUUUAUUAAAUUUUUCUUUAGAUACUAUAAAAGUUCCUAGAUUAGGUGACUCAAUUACCGAAGGUACAAUAAACGAAUGGAAAAAAAAAGUUGGUGAUUAUGUUAAGGAAGAUGAAACCAUAGCAAUUAUUGAUACAGAUAAAGUAAGUGUUGAUAUAAAUUCCAAGUCAAAAGGAGUUUUACAUAAAGUUUUUGCUGAAGUUGGUGAUGUAGUACUUGUUGAUACUCCCCUAUGUGAAAUAGAUACUUCAGUAUUACCAUCAGAUAAUGUUUCAUCUACAAAAAAAAAGGAAAGCGAAAGCACCACGAAAAAAGUAGAAAUAGAUACUAUAAAAGUUCCUAGAUUAGGUGACUCAAUUACCGAAGGUACAAUAAACGAAUGGAAAAAAAAAGUUGGUGAUUAUGUUAAGGAAGAUGAAACCAUAGCAAUUAUCGAUACAGAUAAAGUAAGUGUUGAUAUAAAAUCCAAGUCAAACGGAGUUUUACAUAAAGUUUUUGCUGAAGUUGGUGAUGUAGUACUUGUUGAUAGUCCCCUAUGUGAAAUAGAUACUUCAGUAUUACCAUCAGAUAAUGUUUCAUCUACAAAAAAAAAGGAAAAUGAAAGCAUCAAGAAAAAAGUAGAAAAGGAAGAACAAAAGAUAAAUAGUGAAAGCUUAUCAGAUGUAAAAAAAACUGAAUAUAAUGUAACUGAAGGAAAAAAAACUGAAUAUAAUGUAAAUGAAGAAAAAAAAAAUGAAAAAAACGUAAAUGAAAAAAAAAUUAUAGAAACAAAUUAUGAAUAUGGAAAUGAAAGAAUAGAAAAAAGAGUUCGUAUGUUGCCAAUAAGAAAAAGGAUUGCUGAAAGGUUAAAAGAAUCACAAAAUACAUGUGCCUUAUUAACAACAUUUAACGAAUGUGAUAUGAGUAAAGCAAUGAUAUUUAGAAGUGAGUUAAAAGAUAUAUUUCAAAAAAAAUAUGGAUGUAAAUUAGGUUUUGUAUCAUUAUUCAUAUAUGCAUCAACAUUAGCUUUAAAAAAAAUGCCGCAAGUAAAUGCAUUCAUAGAAAAAGAUGAAAUUGUUUAUAAAAAUUAUAUUGAUAUAUCUGUAGCAGUAGCUACACCUAAUGGAUUAACUGUUCCAGUUAUUCGAGAUUGUCAAAAUAAAAAAUUACCACAGAUAGAACAAGCAUUAUCUGAAUUAGCAACGAAAGCAAGAUCUAAUAAAUUAUCAUUAGAUGAUUUCACUGGUGGUACUUUUACUAUAUCAAAUGGAGGAGUGUUUGGUAGUAUGUUAAGUACCCCUAUAGUUAACAUGCCUCAAUCAGCUAUUUUAGGUAUGCAUACUAUCAAAAAUAGACCAGUUGUCGUUAAUAAUGAAAUUGUGAUUAGACCCAUUAUGUAUUUAGCUUUGACAUAUGAUCAUAGAUUACUAGACGGAAGAGAUGCUGUACAAUUUUUGUGCGCAAUUAGAGACUAUAUAGAAAAUCCAAAUCUUAUGUUAAUAGAUUAUUAA